CACCAUACUAUCUAUACUAGAGAGAGAAAAAGUUCUUCUCGCAUCUCUCAUCUCAAACUAAACAAUAAGGCCAUGGAUCAAGACAUACCAAAACCAAAACGCAACAAAAACACACAGAACUCUUCCAACGAGUGUUCGUUGUUGCCAGGCUUACCCAACCACCUUGCACAGCUCUGCCUUACAAGGAUCCAACCUUCAACUCUCUACUUUGUUUGCCGUUCAUGGCGGCGCCUCAUUUACUCUCCUUCAUUCCCUCCUUUCUUCGCUCUCUAUGCCAUUCUCUCCCCUCCACCUCCCCUCAACUGCAAUUCAUCAAUUGAGUUCUACUCACUAGAUCCCCUAUCAAACAAUUGGACAUCUCUCCCUCCACCUCCUUCAGACCCUCCUCUUCACCUCCUCCGCCGCCACCCUUCCUUCCUCUCCCGAAAAAUCCCCAUCCAAUCACUAUCCGUCUCUGGCAGUCUUGUCCUCGUCGCAGCCACUAAUUACAAUUUCACUCCAGCACUGCCUCGUCCUCUCGUCUUCCGACCAUUGUCCAACCAAUGGUCAUUUGGCCCUCCGCUAGCAGAGCCUCGCCGGUGGUGUGCGACGGGGACAGUAGGGGGAAAAGUCUACGUUGCAAGUGGGAUUGGAUCAAAUUACAGAGGCGACGUGGCGAGGUCUAUGGAGGAGUGGGACAUGAAGAAGAAGAAGGAGGCAUCUUCAUCAUGGGUUAAGAAGGCGGGGUUGAAAGAUGGGAGGUUUAGUAGGGAGGCUGUGGAGGCAAUUGGGUAUAGAGGGAAGCUUUGGAUGGUGAAUGUGAAGGGCAAUGCAAGAAAAGAAGGAGCUGUUUAUGACGUGGAAAAUGACACAUGGCAAGACAUGCCUCAAGGCAUGAUUGGUGGUUGGAAUGGGCCUGCUGCUGCAUCCAUCAAUGACGACGACGACGAUGAUCAUGAUCAUGAUGUGAUGUAUGUGGUGGAUGAGAGUACAGGCGUGCUGAGCAAGUAUGAUGAUGAGAACGACUGCUGGGAAAUGGUGGUGGAGUCGGAUGUGUUAAGAGAAGCUGAGCAAGUUUGUGCAGGGAGAGGGAGAGUUUGUGUGGUUUGUGCUAACGAGAAAAGGAUUGCGGUGGUGGAUGUGGUGGCGCCGCAGCCGAGGAUUUGGGUGGUGGAGCCGCCGCCGAUGCUGCAAGUUGUGGCGGUACACAUUUUGCCUAGGAUGUGUAGGUCAGAGUAACUGUCUGGUCUUCUGAAAUAGUUUAAUGUAGCUUGGAUAAGAGUAAUGCUUUAAAUCAUAUUUUGCAAAAGGAAAAA